AUGUCUUUACCAGCAGCGUCGACGCCGUCGGCCGACGACCGCCGUAAUGCGGCUCGUCAGAUGUUACCGACAUGUCAACGAUGCCGCCGUCUCCGGCGCAAGUGUGAUACGGAGCUUCCAAGCUGCCGACCGUGUGUAAAGGCUGGUGCCGAAUGCACCUUUCACGACCAUGCAUUACAGCAUGCAUUGCCCAGAUCAUACAUUGAUUCGCUCUUGAAGCGGGUAGAGGACUUGCAGACAGCUCAGCAAAGCUAUCAGCAGAGCCCUAUUACAGAAUCUAGAUCACUGGUCACACAAGCUGUACCAGAGCCAGAGACAAAUGCUUUAGAGGAAUCUUUGCCGCCGUCAAGUCACCCAGUACCACCAUCGGCCCCCUCCUUUGACGUUGUCAUCCCGUCGACGAGCACCUCUGGCAAGUCACGAUACUGGGGCUCCUCUUCUGCCUUUGUACUAAACAUAGAGCUUUUGCAACAUGCUGCAAUUAAAGGACUGGUGUCCAUACCCUGCGAGGAAGACGAUACUUUGCCCAUGAUCGAGGGACAAGGCGAUUACCAAAGCACUUUAUCAUUAGCUGGUGCCUUUUACUAUACACCUGAUGCCACUAUUACUUACUUGGUCCAGUCCUACCUAAAGUCUAUAGACACGCUAUAUGGAUUUGUCGAUCAUGAUGAGACGAGUGCCGAGCUCGAGGCAUAUCUGUCACUUCGACGUCAGCCAGACUUUUCUCCCCAACUACUACGAGGCGAUCAGGCUCACUGCUUUUUCCGCAUCACCAUGAUGUGCGCUAUUGCAUGUGCCUGUCAGGCUCGAUACCAACCCCAGCAAACGGCCCAAUGCUUUGCCUUUUACCGUGACGCCAGCCAGUGUGUCGAAGAGGUAACAUCCGAGGCGACAUCCGACACACUUAGGGCAUUGUUGCACUUGAUCGUCUUUUGCCUCUUUCAGCCACGUCAGGGCGACAUUUGGAAGCUCCUGGACUACGCCUGUCGCCUCACGAUAGAGCUUGGAUACCAUACAGAGACUGCGCAAGAUCCGCAGAUGGACUGGCAGUCCCCCGCAGACACUCACAACACGCCAGCACCGCCUACACGGGCCAAGCUGCGCCGCUCCACCUUUUGGGGGCUAUAUGCAAUAGAGCGCAUCGUCGGACAGUUAUUUGGUCGCGCCAGUGAUCUCCCCGAGUCCAUCAUCACAACCGAGUAUCCGUAUCCAGUCAGAGUACACGCAGGCGGCACGCUGCUGGAUACUGCAAGCAACAACGGACGCUGCCCGAGCACGACGUCAAUAGACCAGGUCACCUUUCAGUCAAUGAGCAUUUCGCAUCACUACCGGCUUGUAUACUUGCGAUCUGAAAUCUUUCGAGAAAUGUAUCUGCCAGCAAAACCUCCGGACCUCGGCCUCUCUUGGCUGAGGGAGAAGCACGCAACAUUAUACGCGUGGCGGCAGGAAUUAGCAGUCAGCGAUGACCUCGAGGGUGUAGCCACCUUGACCUGCGAUGUUGGUUUCGACGCCACUAUAUGUUUUCUGUUCCAGCCACUUUUAUUAAAGGCGCUACGAUGGACGUCAGAAUCAGAGACGAGUGAUUCAGAAGACGGAAUAACAGUAGCGUCCGAUCCGUUCCUUUCUGCAAUCAACUUGAUACGCAUCUACGACAAAAUCAUCCGCGCACCCGAGCACUCAUCAAGAGGAGCAUACCCCAUGACUUUUAUGAGUGCCCACUACAUCUAUCUUGCUACCAGUACCCUCUUGGCUUACGGGCUCAUUGGGCUUGAUGGUAGGGUAAGAGUACUUUGGCCAAUGAGCGAAAUGGACGCAGCUCAGCAGGACGAGACGCAUAAUCUCGACUGGAACGAGUUCAUCGAUGUCGCUGGCACCUGUCUAGUCUUGAUGGCGUGGUGUAGUGAGAGGUGGCCUGGAUUUGGCGGUACUCUCCAUAUUUACAAGCGCCUAUUUGCACGAGUCACCAAAGAGCUAAUCGGCACCGGAGGGAGAGGUUAA